AAAGAGCCUGUUGAACCUGAGGCUCCACCCCCUGUCACACGUGUCUCCACAUCACUACAACUUUCAGGAGAGGGACAUUCCUGCUGCUCUUUUCUGCAGGAAAUCACAUGGAAGUGCCAUGAUCGCACUCACAUGACAUCUCAACUAUGGCAGCGGAUAUCAAUGAAGGAUCUGUCCCUUUGUACUAUCGUGAAGUACAUCAAGCCAUCUGCUCCAGAACUGAUGAACGAGUGCCCAUCAGUGUAUUCCAGAGAGUUCUCAGCAGAACAUCUCUCUCCAUCACCGUUCAAAACCAGAUAGCCGAACAUGUAAACAGUGGUGAUGGAUUCAUAAGUAAAGUCUCGCUGUAUAAAGGCUUGGCUCUAAUUGCUCUUGCACAACAAGGAAAACCACCUAGUACCAAACUGCUGGAGAAUUUCAUACAAGAGUUCCCGAAGCCUCAGCUGGGAGAGCCGAAGGAGCUUCAGAGUCUGAAGAUGCAGACGGUUCAGGAGAGUCCUUUGAUCUUGUCUUUGACUCUGGGAGAGCUGUUGAAGAAGGACACCAUCAAAGUUCAGCUCAUUCCCGAGAAGAAGGGGCUAUUUCUUAAACACGUGGAGUAUCAGGUCACCAGUGAGCGUUUUACAGUAUCCGUCUAUCGGAGAUACAGUGAUUUUGACGUCUUCCAUGAGCUCCUGCUUCAGAGGUACGCUUACAGAGUCGUGCCGGAGCUUCCUCCCAAAAGGGCAUUGAAAGGAGUCCUGACCUCCAUGUCAGAGCGAGAGUUCAUUGAAGGGCGGAGAAGAGCUCUGGACAGGUUUCUGAAUCUUGUGGCACGCCACCCUGUUUUUUCCGAGGAUGAGCUUGUGAAAACAUUCCUCACCUUCAGUGGCUCGGAUGUCCAAACUAAGCUUAGAGAUGCGUGCAAAAAAUUGGGUGAUGAGUUCAUGACAUGCAAAUAUGCAACGCAGGCCAAGGAUUACCUCCCAGCAGAUAUCCAGAGUCAGUUUUCAUCCAGCAGAGAGCUCAUCAAAAAUAUCCAUAGCAGUCUUCAAAAGUUACGGGACCGGGCAGAGAGGAUGGCCGAGCGCUCGAGGGAGAACGCCACAGAUCUGCUGAUGUUUGGGAAGGAGCUCAGUUCUUUGGGGUCAGACGAGUCACCUGUGCCUAUCCUGGCAUCCUGCAAGAGUCCUUGGGCUACUCUGAGACGCUCGGUCAAAGGGCUUUCUGUUGAGUUCUCACUUCUGUCUGAGAAAGCUGCCCAGCAGGGCAGAAGAGAGGAGGAUUAUGUGGUGGAAAAACUUAAUCUGUUCCUGGACUUGCUGCAGUCGUACAGGGACUUGUGUGAACGACAUGAGAAAGGGGUCUUGCACGAACACCACCGCGUGCUGCAGAAGUACGGUGUCAUGAAAAGACAAAUGCUGAGUGCCACGGUGCAGCCAAAAGAACAGGUUUCUGUCGAACAGCUGGAGUCCCGCAUCGUCCAGCAAGAAAACGCCAUCCAGGCCAUGGAGCUGCGCAACUACUUCUCCCUGUUCUGCCUGCACCAGGAGAGCCAGCUCAUAUUCACAUACCUGCCCAUCACGUCUCACAUCCUGGGGGCAUUUGUGAACUCACAGGUGCUGGGACAUAAAGAGAUGGGCGAGGUGUGGCAGGAUCUUCAUUCCAAGCUUAAAAGUCUUUUUGGGGACGGGAACGGACAGUCUCCACCCCUCAGCCCAAAAUAGCCUCCCCUCUGUGUUCUCAGAAUCGAACGAACCCUGGCCUGUUUUGAAUAGCAGGAUCUAUUCGGGAGUUAUGGGGAACUGCUUGUGUGUGAAUGUGUUGUGUGGCAGUUCCUAAAAUCUGUCUGGUGAAAAGGGCCCUUAAUUUCCUACAGUUUGAACUAACUGACGCCUAAAAUAAACACCUUAUGAUGUAGAGAAUAAGUUGAGGAAAUGCAGCAAGAUGCUACAACACUGUAUUAAUGUUUAAUCUACACGUGUGCAAAGCUGAUGUUGUUGUUUUAAAAUGUUGCAUUGUUGCAAAACCGUGUAACUCAUGAAAGAUAACCUUUCUACUGUUUUAGUGCAAUAUAGAGAACUGAACUGAGAAGCUAAUAGCCAGCAGCAAGCCAGAGCGGUGGUCAGUUGAAUAUUCUUAGCAAACACAGGAAAUGUGCAGAAAUGAUGUUAUUAGUUGCGGAGGCAACAUAUUCUUCCUUGUUUGUGGUUUCAACUGACAGAUUUUUCUGUCCGAUUGUCUAUUGUCGAUUCUUUAGACUCGUACUCUUUGUGCUUGCAGCUUUUUCACAUUUUAUCUUUAUUUGUAGGAACCAUUCAAAAGUGUGGAGUUAGAAACAAUGAAUACUUUUAUUCAGCAAGAGCACAGUGAAUUCAGCUGAAGUAACAUUUAAAGUGUUACAAAAGAAUACCAUUUCAAAUGAAAGCUGUUCUUUUGGUACUCACUGUUCAUCAAAAUAUCCUGGAAAAUAUUAAUCCGCACAAUUGUGUCCAACAAUGACAAGGAAUGUUUCUUGAGCAGGAAAACUUUCAGUCUUGCAGAGAAUUACUGUGAGGUAUUCAAACUCUUGAACAGUAGUGUAUACAAGCGAACACUUUCAAACUACACUAGUCACCAUUUAAAGUGGAUCAAAACCCUUCAUCAAAGUUGUCCUAAAGCCCCUGUUGAAAAAAAAAAAAAAAAAAAAAAAAAACAGCCUAUGCCGGUUAGGUAUAUAUUGAAGCUGGGUUUGAGCUGGUUUAAGAUGGUCCUUAGCUGGUCAUGUGGACCAGCUCAAACCAUUCCAGCUCCAAAACAUACCUUACCGGCAUAUGCUGGGUUUUAUCAACAGGGACCGAAAGCCAAAAUGCAUUCUUUUCUUCGGACAACGUUGAUUUAACUUCAAAUGUUUUUUUUAUCCACUUCAAAUGUUGACCACUAGGUGUCUAACAGUUCUGAAAAUCGUGAAAGGGUUUUUUAGUUUGUUUUGUUAGUUGUUAAGCCUGAGCCUGGCUUCUGAGUCUUAAGUAGUAACUUCAAUGAGGCAUAAACUAGUUAUUAUUAGCUGAUCUAUCUGCUUCAGACCUGUUUUCAUGCAAUAAGUCUUGAAGGUCUAAAAUUCUCACAUUGCUAGUAAGCUAUCAUGUAAACUAUACUUCAAAAUAUGUGUCUGAAGAAAAUACGAUGUACUUUCAAUUCACCAUAAAGCUGUAUAGAUGCUAUUGAUCGAUAGUGCAUGCAUCAUGCAUAUUAUUGUCUUAAUUGUUAAACAUUCUAGAAACCCCUUUAGGAAAAAGCGCUUUACAGAUGAACUUGUAUUUAACUGAAUUUAGCAGAGCUUAUUAUUAUCAAUUGUACAUGUUUGAACAAGGUAAAGCAUUAAAGAAAUGCAAAAAAGUU